CCUUUGUUGAACCAUCACUUGAAGAAGACGCAGUCGAUGCGUCCGACUCGGAUGGAGUGCGCGUAGAUUUACCCUGGUCCGUGUCCUGGUCCUUCGGCUGUUUCUCUACCAUUUCCGUCGCCUGGUUCGUGUGGCCGGUGUGGAAUGGAAGAUGCGGACGCGAUGCGCGACACUUCCAGCUUCGAAUCCACGAGAUUAAGUCUAACCGGUCGGGCACAAUUAUAUCAUGAGGCCUGCCUUUGGGCGCAGUCGAGCUUGAGACUGCGCAAAGGUGUGGAGAGUUGUUGCUGCAGCUUGACGACCUGUCGAGUGGUGCCACGCUCGGGAGGGCGAUAUGUGAAGAGGAGGACGUCUGCGUCGACAGCGAAAAGGAGGGCGACGUGCCCCGGGCCAACUCGCAAAGCGCUGAGUUGUUCAAAUAAAAUUCGAACUCGGCUGCAGAAGCUGUGCACGGGUAUGCUAAGCGGGAAACAAGUCGGUGUAGGGACCUCCGAGGGAGGAGGUUGGGUUGGCGCGAAAGCCCGGUGUCAGCCGUACACCAUGUGGUCCACAAUUGCCGGGUGCACCUCAAAUUCCAGUGCUGAGUGGCGCGACGACGCACUGCAUACCUAGAUCAUCACACGCCCGUCCUCCCGAGGUAUUAUGCAGGCGCUGCAUGGACCCCGCAAUGCACAGGGCUCCCAG